AUCAUUCAAAUUUUGAUAGGUUUCUAAAGUGACAGUGGCAUGACUGAUGUCCUUCCCAAAAGUGUUUGUUUUUUGGAAUAAUGUUGAAUAUAAUUCUUGAAGGAAAGAAUUUUGGAUUUUUUUUAGUCUGAAGAAAAGAAUGAGGACUUUGGUUGCCAAACCCUGCUUUCAAGAAGUUGGUUUUGUGGGUUUGAGGAGGAAGCUAUAGAAGAGAUAAAUAUUAGCUGAUGUUUCAUGAAAUUUCAAAAUUGAGAAACUAUCAAGCUGGAAAUUAGGGAGAUUGUUAAGAUAUUGUUGGGUAUUAAUAAUCUUGUCUUCAAGGAGGCUAUGUAAGGAAUUCUGGUUAGUUUUUGGUGGAAGGUCUGAAGUUUAUUUGUAAGGGAUAAAGCAACAUAGAAUCCAAAGUUUUUCCUUUGUUGCUAAUAUUCAUUGUGCUUUUGUAGAUCCCUGGUUAGUUAGAAUGUUAGGUUUAUUGGAGCCAAGAGGCAAACUAAGGAGUAGGCGAGGCAGAGCUGUCUUUGGCUAAAGCACUUUUUAUGGGUGGAUUGGUGGAAGAUAAUUGUUAUUCAACUGCUGGUUACAUCCUGUCAUUUCGAUCUGCUCAACUUUGUUAAACUUUGGAAAAUGUCAUCCAUACAAUUGAAAAGAAGUACUAAAGAUAAGUCUUUGUCCCCAGCAGAGCAACAAGCACAGAUUGAUGAAGUUAGAAAACUAAUUGGUCCAAUAGCUGAGAAGCUACCAGUCCUUUGUUCCGAUGCAUCAAUAUCAAGAUACCUCAGAGCAAGGAACUGGAGUGCAAAGAAGGCAAGCAAAAUGUUAAAAGAAACAUUGAAGUGGAGACUUCAAUACAAGCCAGAGAAGAUCCGAUGGGAAGAUAUUGCUCAUGAAGCCGAGACAGGAAAAAUUUUCAGGGCUAAUUACUGUGACAAACUUGGGAGGCCUGUCCUUGUCAUGAGACCUGGUUUCCAGAAUACAAACUCAACAUCAGGGCAGAUCAAAUACUUGGUUUAUUGCAUGGAAAAUGCCUUAAUGCAUUUGAACCAAGACCAGGAGCAGAUGGUUUGGCUAGUUGAUUUCCAAGGGUGGGCAAUGGCAAGUAUAUCUGUUAAGGUGACUAGGGAAACAGCUCAUAUCUUGCAGGAUCACUAUCCAGAGAGACUGGGUGUAGGAAUCCUCUAUAAUCCCCCAAAAAUAUUUGAAUCUUUCUGGACAAUGGUGAAGCCAUUCCUUGAGCCUAAGACAUACAAGAAAGUGAAAUUUGUUUAUUCCAAUGAUCCAAAGAGCCAGAAAAUAAUUGAAGAAAUUUUUGAUUUGGAUAAGCUGGAUGUUGCGCUUGGUGGGAGAAACAGAGCCGGAUUUGAUUAUCAAGCGUAUGCGCGACAAAUGAAGGAGGACGACAUCAGAAAGUCAAAUUUCCUGGACUCCAGUUGCUCAUCACCGCCUGCAUCAAUUUUGUUUGAAUCACAUCAGCCAGAGUCGCCAGAUUUAGACCAUGAUUCUAAUGCUUCAGAUGAAGGUGGACUAUCAUCCGAGGGGGAAGCAACUCCUCCAAAUUUGAAGUGUAUUGAUGAGAAGACACAAGGGCUGUCACUCAACUGAAAAGAUAUUCAGGUGGGUGAAGCAGCAGUUGCAAAACAAGUACAAUAAGCAAGUUGACAGAGACUUAAUUGGGCUUCAAGAUCAUUCUUUUUUUAACAUUUUGAGCAAUCAAAUUUCAAAUGCAGAUGGCGGCCUGGAAGCAAUCUUUUAAUUCAGCCAACUGAUUAAUUGCAUUAGAUAGCUUGAGCUUUCACAGUUGCAUGCAAAACUCAGCUGUGAAGAAUAAUAAAUUUUCACACCAACAUCAAAUGAUUUAUCCAAUGCAAGAUUAUUUUGUUUAGCUGGAAGUGACCUAUGGAUGCAACCCUCUCCCAUUCAAGUAAACCUCUACCUUAGUGCUCGAAAUUUCAUGAACUUCAAGGCAAGAAAAUGGCAGUC